CUAGCUCCAUUGUAUGCUGCUGGGCUCUCCGUGAUAUCAUGAUUCAAUAAAGACUUCCGAGACAAACCUCCUGGGUCUGAGUGUUCACUUCGUUUUCUGCGACAAAUUGGCGAUGAGGAUGGGGUCCGACUGAAGUCCAGCUACCUCUUAAGUUGGAGAGGUGAUAACUAGCGUCCCAGCUACGUCUUAAGUUGGAGAGGUGGCCUCUUAAGUUAGAGAAGUGAAAGGGGGACGAAAAGAAAUUCUGGGCCAUCGGAUCUCUAAAAAAAGAACCCUCGCGGAAACAGGGAGGGACUACUCUCCCAAUUUGGGGAGAGUACGAACUGCAUCCUAGCUGAAAGGGGGAGUGCAGUUAAAUAGCAUCCCAGCUACCUCUUAAGUUGGAGAGGUGACCUUUUAAGUUGGAGAGGUGAAAGGGGGACAAAAAGCAUCCUAGCUGAAAGGAGGAGUGCUUGAAAAAGGGUAGCUACCGACCAGACUCAAAAGACCCAAGGAACUGGAGGACUUGUUGAGGAACUCUUAAACACCAGUGAGCGCAUAGGGUAGGAAACGUGCCACGCUGUUAAUUGUGUUUCCUUUUCAGAAAAAUGGGAGAUCGCAAUAGUAGAGCGGGCUCUGCCACUUCCCCUGCUUCGCAAAGUACUAAGAACAAACCGAAACCGGAGCUUAAAUCAGGAACUUUGAAGAUGAGUAAGAAAACGAAAAAAAAUAGUAUUAGUAGUAUACCCCAAGGGUUCGAGUCCUCUGGAGGUGAAAAACCUACGAUCCUGGUCAAGAGCCUAUCAGUACUGGCAACAAGGUCGGGAUCAUCACUGCUCAUCUUGCACUGUAGGAGGAACUUUGGUACAGCAUGGACAGUGCCGAAUGCGACACGCAACAGGGAAUGAUAAAUGUAACAGUAGGAGAACAAGAGCUUUCAAAUUGUAGUAAGGGUUUGCUUCAGAUCGAGCAUGGGAGGUCCGCCACUACCCAGCCACCUCCCACCUCUACUUUCACAGUCCAAGUAGAGAUAAUUGAAGCCCCUCAAACCACACCGACUGAUGCAUCUUGUCCAAUUAUGCAGCCAGGACCAACGAAUGGUUUGGUACUGGUUAAUCAGAUCAGAAGUUUUGUAUAAUGAUGUACACCAUGAGCUGGUACCCGUAGUCUUGAAUGUAUCCGGUGUCGUCCUGCCCCAAUGGUGCUCAACCCAUACCCAAGCACUCUAUACGGCUCUGGUGCACCAAUUGAUGACUGAAGCAGUUCAGUUCAGUGGCGAGAUACGAUCAGGCGUUAAGCGCAGCCUGAUAAAUGAUGCCACUAUGAUACUCAAUAUAGGGACAUCAUUGGUUAAUCCAAAGUCUGGCUACCAUGCUCGAAAGUCAUGCGGAGAUUAUCAAUAAAUUAAUUGAAAUAGGGAAAAAUAUUUCAGACAAAGCGAGCAGAAAUGAUGUAUGCAACACCUAUGGACCUUGGGCACUGGAACAAGCCCGAGAAAAUUUAAGACAGACUAAAGAAGGGGUAGUUCCUUUACGGGUAACUAAUGAGCAUUUAUUGAAUCUCCCAUGACACAAGAAUCAUGACUUGACCGGUUGCCAGCUCAGGGGUUUAACACGUGUAUAUAGAAUGAAUGUUGAAUGUAUAGUGAAUAGUAAUAUGCUAACAGGCAUUUUAUUAGUAAUUCCUGUCAUACCUAUGUCAAUGACAUAACCCAGGCAAGACGCCCACAGUGACUGCUGGUACGGGACCCCAGCCAUGGAGCCCAUUUGUACACCUACAAAUGGACUUUAUACAAAUGCCUAAAUGUAUGGAAUAUAAUUAUGUUUUAGUUCUAGUAUGUUUGUUCUUGCGAUGGGUGGAGGCGUAUCCUACCUGACGAAAUUAUGCUGUUGUUGUUGUAAAAUUGUUGGUCAUUUUACUGCUAAAGUGAUAAAGGAACCGUUGAAGGCCUUACAAUGCAACCAUCGCCUUUCCUGCCCAUACCACCCCCAGUCUACUGGAGCAGUGGAAAGACAAAAUGGUAUUCUGAAAAACAAACUAGCUAAAUUAUGCGAAGAAACCAGUUUGAAAGGGCCGAAGCUCUACCCUUGGCGCUCAUGACUAUGUGCUCUCACCCUAACUGUCUCAAGAGCUUGCAUAUACAGGUGGUAGAAGCUCAGAAAAAUCCCACCAUUGAAGACUGCCAUCAAUACCAGCCCAGGGACCUAGUCCUAGUAAAGACCUUCAGGAGAAAGAACUGUUUGGAACCUCGAUGGGAAGGGCCUUUCCAAGUCCUGCUCACCACCCAUAUAGCCGUGAAGGUUGAAGGACGCCUUUGUGGAUCCACGCAUCGCAUGUCAAGCGGACGCUGACCUCAGACGUAAGUGCUUGUGCAAGAACUUUAACUGAGCCAUCAGAAUGCUGACUCUGAUUUGGAUCCUGUCCUGCUUGGUUCUUGCGGGGGCAUGGAAUACCAAUUCUGCGGUUCAAAGAAUGCAGGCCGAAGCCUCGCAAGUUAAUCAGACUAAAUGUUGGAUUUGUACUCAUUUUCCUCUAUGCAAAACAGCAUCUGAAUUGCAUGAGAGGAUGGAAAGGACCCUACCUUGUGCUGCUAACAACGCAAAUGACCAUGAAGAUUAAAGGGAAGGAAGAUUGGAUCCACGCCACUCAUUGUUAAAAAAAAAAUUGUCCAGCAGUCCUAUAACUGUCGCUACCAGUGAACUAAUUUGCAUUAUGUAUCGGAUACUGCCUUUUGCUAUAUUCUGUCUUUUUGCUAUUUUUGUGGGGUGUACCCAAAGGAUUCUCACCCCAACACCUUUUUGUCUUUAUGCCGCGCCUAUGCUAGACAAGGAGGACAGGGCGCCUGUUGGUUAUGUACCCAGACUCCCCAAAAUGGAGGUGAGUCAAGCACCUAUCAGGCAAAACCAAUGACUGGGGAAGAAGUGAAGGAUCUCACAAAUUUCCACAACUGGUCAGAUAAUGCAGAAUCCAAUAUGUUCAAGGGACGGUUCCGUCGCUCUCCACCUGCUAAUGGGUGGAACUAUACAAAUCAUGAGAUAAGAAUCAAGCCUCCUCAGGAACUGAUAAACGCCACCUGUUGGUGUUCGAACCUUGCAACCGGUACCUAUAACCUGGGAAACAGUAGUUGCGAAAACACCAUAUCUACUAGCCCUGGUAGUUAUGACCCUCAAAAUGGUACGUUUUGGGUUUGUGGGGAAAAAGCAUACCCCUGGUUGCCUGGGAUGGCGCAAUUAUCUUCCUUCUUUCAUCAAGAUAACAGAAGUUUGGGCAAGGGCGCUACCACUCCCACCUGGAGUGGUUGCUGCUACCUAGCAUAUUUGAAUCCCUAUCUUCGACAUCGCCGUGACAUCUCGGAAUCUGAACGAUUCUGGAUGAUUGCAAUCCCCUCUUAUGGAGCUGCUCGUAAUUCCCGAGAGAUUAUCAACCUGGCAGCUGCACUUGGAAAAUUAGCUAAUUCAACGGCUGAUGCUUUGCUUGAGACACAGAAACAGAUUUCAGCUACCACUACUGAAAUGAUAGCCCUAUGCCUGACUGCCUUACAAAAUAGAAUGGCCCUUGAUUUCCUCCUAGCUGAAAAAGGUGGCACUUGUGCCAUGAUAGGUUCAGAGUGCUGCACUUAUGUGCCUAAUGUUUCUGAGAACAUUACUAACCUGGGACAGCAUGUUAUGGAUAAAGUGCAAGAAAUAAAGAAAGAAAGUUGGGGAAAGAUUGAGUAAUUUUUAUAACAAGGAUUCCUGGUGGGCUACAGUAAUGGGGUGGUUCUCCGGUUGGGGAAGUUGGCUGCUGUAUGUUUUAAUUGGGUUGGUCCUAGCAUGUGUUAUAGGGUUUUGUGCAUGGGGUUGCUCUGCAAAUUUGCUGUUCCCAGGUUAUUAACAGUGUCUCUACUGGAUUAGGUGGUACCCCAAUUGUUCCUCAAAUGAUGCGCACUGGUCACAGUGAGGCCCACUGGUGGGGCGAAAAGGUUUACCCUGCCAGAGAUCGGCCUUUUCCUUAUGGUUAUGUACCCCCAUAUGAUAAUGAAGAUGCUAUUCCUCACUGGUGUUAAUCUGGAAGGAAGAUUAACAAGAAGGGAUUGUGGGAGAAUAAAAUACAUCUACAGGAAAACAAAGGGUUAAGUGGUUAAACCAUAGUGGAAUACUACAAUGAAGUGUCCUUGCACCAGCAGUAGACAAACCCGCUCUGUCAGCUAUUGUGGAGGAAUGAAAACAAGCACAAGAGACAGGGCCUAGUCAUGCUAUCUGUUGUCUGUCCAGAUGACUAAUCGUCAGAUAGGCUACUCAAGGUUUUUGUGUAACUACUCAAGGUUCUGUGUAAUUAUAAACUAAGAUAGAACAAUUGUGUGCAUGCCAAAGGUAAAAAUUUCAAUGUUAUUAAUUACUAAAGGUCAAGCAACUUUGUAAUUUGCAUGACCUCUGUUACGCACACUUUUGCUAUAACUAUGGGCGUACUCUGAUGCUUCCUCAGAGUGCCAGCUCGCUCCAUUGUAUGCUGCUGGGCUCUCCGUGAUAUCAAGAUUCAAUAAAGACUUCCGAGACAAA